AUGGAGAGCUACAACAAAUUCCUGGCCGAAAAUGUCCUUACAGAGGAUAAAGUGAUCACAUAUCGGUUUUUGAGCCGGACACUACAGGUCCAUGUCAACACAGCAAAGCAGAUGCUCUACGAAUUCCACAGGAGCCAAAAUGCGAAGCGUCCUGGAGCCGUGCAUGCCACAUACCUGGUCUAUGGCACCAAGAAAGCUACAAGUGCACCAUCGGAAUCCCAGAAUGGGACCGAUGGUGACAUUGAGAUGACAAGCUCAGCACCAGAGGUUGAAUCCCUUGCCGACGUUGUGCCUGCGUCUACACUAUGCCUCGUCUCUGAAGAACAACUCAAAGACAAUCUUGCGGACUAUGAGGAGGUCACUUCGAUUCACGUGUACAGCAUUGCACCUCACCCAACAAAGGAUAUGGCGCUGCUAGUCGAUGCUGCCAACCAGGUGCUUAGCCUCAAUGCCAGUGACGAAGGAAAGAAUCUUGCUUCCAUCACCAACCCUAGAGUGCGACGUAGGGAACGACAAGGGGUUGCUCUCAAGGCUGCCGCUGCCUCUGCCGCGGCAGCAGUGAAACCCCAGGCAAAGCCCGCAUUUUCGAAUGUCAAAGAGGAGUCGAAGCCUACCCAACCUGUCCAGGAGACGGUUGCGAAAGCUCUCUCUUCAGGGCUUACUAAGAAACCCGCCUCGUCUCUGAAGCGGGGUGGCAAUUCUGGAAUUAUGCAGGCGUUCUCGAAAGCAGCAACCAAACCAACCAAGGUUAAUAAGGAAGCAGAGGCUGCAACUCCCAGUAGCGAGGAUUCGAGCUUGCAACCCAUGUCGGAUGAUGGGGAGGACGACGAUGAGAUGUCGCAACCGAAACCCCGGGCUGGGCCGGGAUUUAGGACCAAGAGGCAGAGGGAGGAGGAACUUCGACAAAUGAUGGAAGAGGAUGACGAGGAAGAGGAAGCACAAGAGAAGGAGGAGACGCCCGAAGAGGAACCAAUGGAAGAAGAGGAACCUCCAGCGCCGGAGCCUGUGAAAGAGGAGGAGGCGGAAGUGGUUACUACUUCUGCCAAUGGCCGGCGGCGCGGCAAGAGACGGAUCAUGCGCAAGAAACAAAUUAUGGAUGACCAGGGGUAUCUCGUCACCAUUCAAGAACCCGGAUGGGAGUCUUUCUCGGAAGAUGAGGCACCUCCGCCGACCAAGCCCAAGACCACGAGCGCAGCUCCUCCGGCGCAGGCUUCAAAGCCGAAGAAGGCUGGACCAAAAGGUCAAGGCAACAUCAUGUCAUUCUUUUCCAAGAAGUGA